AUGUCAACCAACACCGACUUGGAUCCACAUUUAAUCAAAUGCAUCGGCCUGAUGUACGAAAGCAGGAAACUAAGAAAAGGCGAUCCUGUACCCUUGCAAUACAUUUUAGAGGAAGCUAUUUUCCAGAAAACUGGAGUUGUCAAAGACUACACUGACUUUUUCCAGAGCCAAUUGCCUCCUAGGGAAAAUGAAAAUGCUAAUAUUUAUGAUGACAAAGGAAAUAAUUCGGACAAUGAUUUAGAGCUAGAUCUCUUGAAAGAUGAUUUGAGCUGUGUCAUUUGUAAUAAGAUGGAUGUAGGAGCCAGAAAUAGGUUGCUGGAAUGUAGUGAUUGUCAUGGUCUUUACCAUCAAGAAUGUCACAAUCCUUCAGUAGGUGAUGAAGAUGUUAUGGAUACUUGGACUUGUUCAAAUUGUAGAAGCAUAAGCACAAAAAAAAUUAAAUCUUCUGAAAAAGAUCAUGGAUCAUCAUCGAAAAGUUCCAAAUCAGACAGCCAUAGACAUGGAAGCAGCUCUUCUCACAAAUCUUCAAGUGAUAAAUAUAAAUCAAGCAGUAAAUCAUCUUCAAGCAGUUCAAAAUCUUCUCCAAGAUCUGAUGAUAAAAAAAGCAAAAGCAGCAGCAAAAGCUCAUCCUCUAAAUACUAUUCGGAAAAGAGGAAACAUGACUGA